AUGCCGCUCCUUGUUGUGCAGCGUUCUGAGGCCGAGCAGCUCAAGAGGCCAGAUCAGUCUUUGGCCAGGAUCCUUUCUCCAGAGACAGCGAAUGACGCGGCGAUUGAUUUGACAAGCCCCCAACCUGAUCAUUCGCAGUCACAACCCGGCGUGCCGCCACAACUUACACCCACAGAAGACAUGCUGAGGAGAAAGCAAGCCAAGGAUGAGCAGUACAUUCGAACGGCAGAUGCUGUCGAAGCGGCCUAUUUGGCCAAGCGCCCACGACGCGACGGCACUCAGGAAUGUAAAUGGUGGAGAAGAUAUGCCCGUCUCAAAGUGUACCGUCAAGUCUACGGCGAUGCCCAUGUGCCCAGUCGAUUUCCCAUGGACAGGCAGUUGGGUCUUUGGGUCAGACGUCAACGGGAAUCCUACCAGCAGGGUCUGCGUGGAGAAACGGGGGCCUACGAUGAGCAUCGCGCCGCCGCCUUGGAGUCGAUUGGAUUUGUUUGGCGUCUCAAAGACAAACCCACCAUGCAGGAGACGAAGCAACGAGGAGUGGAAUCAAGGAAGAGGACAUAUUUAAAGAAUCUACCAGAGCUCAAGAAGAAACCGCAACCAGGAGCGAAGAACAAGAGGAAGCACCGGGCAACUGUCGAGGGUGAUCCAGAAGUGGCGAGGAAGAAGAGGAAGGUGGUUCCUGCAAAGCAAGACAUGAAGAAAAGGAAGCCGGCUGCAGGGAAGCAAGACACGAAGAAAGGGCUGGAGGAAGUGGCCGAAAAGAAAGUCUUUCCCAACUCCACAUCACCCUCACUACAUCAGGAAAAGGCAACUGACGGGGUGGUGGAAACCAUCAGAGGACAAGGGACGCUCUUCGGAACAAAGCAACUGUGGCAAGGCACCAUUGUGACAAACGAUGGAGGAGAAGAUUCGGCAGGAUCAAGCUUGCGCCCUGGAUUUGCAUACAUCAGUCCUUCGGCUUCCUCUGUAUCUGGGUCCAGCAUUACCUCGGGCGACGAUGACGACUCGGAGGAUACUGGUGAGACCGACGAAGACGAGAGAAGCUUUGUCGAAGGCCAGUUUGAUGAUUGGUCGGAAGAGGAAGCAGACACCCGGUCCCCACUACCUCAUGAGCGCGCCGCUGCGGAAGAAGACCCUAAUGAUGACAGCAAAAUGCUCAGCUUGGCGCAGGUCGUCGCCAUGUUCAGAGAAUUGGUGGAGUAA